AGCUGCGUGAUCCCGUUAACUGCGAGCGUUCUGCUCAGAAAGAAAGCGGCUUCCAUUUGAGGAGGAAGCACAUCGAGUAAGCGCGAGUAGUUUAGUAAGCUUCCUGGUAUGGGGUUUCCCUGCACAUCUGCCACCCUAAGACCAUGUGGAUGCUGAGUUCCGUUUUUUUCUCGUGUUGUGCUAUUGUAUUCUCCAACAACGGGUAACCAACAGUGUGAUGUGCCGGCAGUUACCAAUGGGAGCGGAAACCUGAGAGAGGGAUUUUACAAAAAGAUGAAUGAGGAUGAAUGGGAUGAAAUAUUGCAACGCUUUAGAGAAGAAGGCUUGGAUACUGACCUACCAGACAAUCGUAAAUUAUUAUAUGUUUGGAGGUGGCUGGUUGAUGCGGAAACAAACUGCAUAUCCCUCAGACAUCAAUUGGAUAAACUUAGCAGGAGGCAGUCUGAUGAACUUGAAGAAAUCCGGAGCUGCAUGGAACAGAUGUGUAAUUCUUGGGAGGUUAAGGUAUCCAAACUGGAAGAAGAAAAUAAAAGAUUUCAAGAACAGCUGAAUUUUAGUAGCCAAAACUCUGGACGAAUUGUUAGUCAAGAAAUUCGUCAAAUGGUCCUCGAGGAAGGACUCUCUGACAUAGCUGAUCUUGGUGUUAUUGAGCAGUUUGCAUAUCUGCUCGAUGAAAGGACUCGAUUACGAGCAAAAUUAGAGCAGGAAGUUGUUGCUCGUAGGAAAUGUGAACAACUUGCUCGUAUUUCAUCUAAUCUUCCAGAUUGUUUGAAACUGAGUUCACCUUAUAUUCAAAGGAUAUUGGAUCGCCAAAAAGAUGAAUAUGAGGAAGAAAUCAGACAUCAGCAGGAAGCAAUGAAACAUGUGAAAGAACAGCUAAAAAAAGUUCAUGAAGAUGAACUACAAAGGCUGUCUUCAGAGAAUGAACACUUGAAUUCAGAGCUUACUAAAAUUAGCCAAAAGUUACAAGAACUAGUCACACAAACUGCAAGUCAACAAGGGAAAGAUACAUCUUGCCUUCCUUGGGUGCAGCAUAUAUUGGAUGGUACACAUGAUAAAGAAAUGAAGGAACUUAAACAUGAAGUAGAAGAAUUAAAAUCCCUGUGCCAAGACCAACAGAAGCAGAUACGCGACCAGUGUGAAACCAUUCGCAUGUUAGAGCGAACAAAUAAACAGCUAGAAAUUGAUAAUGAGACACUGGCAUUUAAAUUGUCAGAGUCUCUUGCACAGUUUGAUGAACUGGAAGAUCAGCUGAGACGUGAAGCUACUAGAGCAAGAAGGGAAUCGUUGUUUAAACAGUUAGCUGCCAAAGAGUCCACAAAUGCUAAGAAUAACAUUAAUAAGUUUUUGGAUAAUAGGCCUAACACCCAACAGGACCAGGCAUUCGGGGAUCAGGUAAAGCAGCUAAAAGAAGAAUCAACUACUUUAAAGGAGCAGUUAGAGUCUGUUCAGAAACAGUUAGAGAUAAUGUCUUUGAAGUAUCAACAACAUAAAGAACGAUACAGAGAAAAAAUUUAUCGUUUACGUGAUCUUCAAGACCAGGAGCAUAGAGAAUGGAAGGAACGUUUUGAAAGUUGUGAGAAAGAAUUGUCUUUGUUACGUGACAUGUUGGCACGAGAACAGGAGUGGAGGGUUCAAGUGGAAGCAGACUGUCGAAAACUGAAAAAUGAUAAUCAACAACUGAAAAAUGGUAUCUUGGAAAAAGAAAAGUCAGAACGAGAAAAGUCUGUUGACAUUCCUGUCCUUCAGCGAGAAGUAGAGAAGAUAAAAAUGGCAUCAUCCCGUCCUCAGAGUGCCACAACAUCUCCUAGGCGGCACAGUGUAUGGCCUGUAAUGUCUCACCCUAAAAAAUGGUGAAUACUGAUAUUAUCAUUGGAGUAUAGAUUUGUUGUUGUCCAUUAGAUGUCAAAUCAGUUUAGUGAUAGUUGUUUUUAACCUAUGACGAGAACUCUGGAUAUUUUAGAGUGUCAAAAUCUCAUUUUUCAUGUUAUCAAUCUAUGUACAUAUUUUUUCUAAAGAGAGGUAGCAUUAGAAAUGACUUUCAAAUUAUUUAUCUGUUUGCAGAAUUUUUGAUUAUUAAUCUGUUCGUAAUUAUUUUGCUCAAAAAGGAAUAAAGGAGAAUUGUUGGACUAAUUUAUAUUGCCUUCCGUGUAAAUUUGAGGCUAUUUGUAAUUUUUCCUGUAAACCUCUGCUAUUUCUACAUUAAAUUAUUCUUACAAAAUUCAAAUUUUGGAAGUAAAUGUUUCUCGAUAUUAUGUUUUUUAAUACUGCUAAUCUUUGUUAAGUUAGACAUAUAUACUACAAUGAAAAAAGAAUAAUUCUUUUUGACAGAUGAUAAAUUUAAGUUAGGACAUUAUAGGAGACAUUAUAGUUAAACAUUAUAGGGAGAAUUAUUUUCUGUAUACAACAAAAACAUAAUUUUAAAUAAUUCUAAUUUUGUUUGAGAAAUGGGUAAUGAGUGGUAACCUUUUAUCACUGUAAAAAUUCCAUUGAAAAACAAAGCAUAUACCCACUCCAAGAAAAGAGGGGUGGAGAAAUGUUUCUUUUUUAAGUUUUAACCUCAUUUGUGUUCUUUUAUUUUAUAUAUUUCUACAGAAAUAUUUUAUUAUACAUAAUAUAACAGGUUGGAAGUAAAAAUGAUUUAUAUUUGAUAGAAGAAUGCAUUUUAUGGUAAUAGUUUUCAUUUUGUGUAUUAAAAUAUAAAAUAUGAUAAUGCACUUUUUGCCUUUAAACUUCUGUAAUUCACAUAUUGAUAAAUAUUUUUCAUAAUGAGUUCUAGUACAUAAUUCAUUUUGAAUAGUGCUUCAUUAAUAUAUUCAUUAUUACAAUUAGUAUUAUAAAUAUAUAUGCUACAUAGUUCUAAAAUUGAAAAGAAUUUUUUUAAAAAGAAUUUUUAUCUCAAAUUGUACCUUUAUGCACACGAUAUGUAAUAUUUGGAUGACUAAGAUUGAAGUUGUGUACGAAACUUAUAAAGACACAUUGAUUUUUAUUAAAAGCUUCCUUUCAAGGGUGUCUUAGUGAAUUUUGGGUAUUUGUAAAAGUUAUAUAGAGAAAAAAUAAAACUCAUUUUUAUUCAUUUGUUAUUGUUUAAGAACGAGUGGAAUAAAAUACUGAAUGGAAAUUCAAACUAGACCUCUAAAACAUUUUUAACAUCAACUCAUGAACUGAAUAAUGAGUUGUAAAUGGUAUAGGUGAUUUAGUCAGUUUUCAUAUAAUUCUUUUCGUGUUUUGUAUUAUUUAUUUUUCAUUUUUUCCUUGAAAUAUGUUUGAUACACAGUAACUGGAAACUUUAAUUAUUAUCAGCUAUUUGUAGGUAAGGCAAUUAAUCUUUGUUCCCUUUUUGAGCAUUGCAAAUAGGUCUGAUACGAUUGAAGCAUUUCAGAAGCAAAAUCAUGUAUGAAAUAAGAAAAUGCAAAUAAUACCAUAUUUGUAAAUAACUUAAAUAACACACAAUUAUACUUUUGUGGUGUAAUUUAAUUUGAUUUUUCUCUCUUGCGAGAAAUUUCCAGAUGAUAGGGCCCAUCUGAUAGAUAAUCAGAAAUUUUAUUAUUUUUUGUGAUAUAUAGAAGUUCAGUAUAUAUAAACAGUUAAUAUCAUUAGCUAGUGUAAAUAAGUUGAAGUUCCUGUUUUCAUAUAAUUUUAAUUCAUUAUGAUUGAUAAGGUACAAAUGCCAAGUUAACUAUUUAAAUAUUUUUAAUAUUUUCAUUCAGUGAUAUUAUAGGAAGCUGCCUGCCUUAAUGCAUUAUUUUGAGUAAAAUCACAUAUUUAAGUUAUAUAGAUUUCUGAUAUUUUUCCAUUUUUUCCCCAGAAGUUAAAAUUGAGGAUUGCUAAAAUAAAUUCUAAUUUGUGUUUUAAAAUUAAUACUAAUGAAGUUUAUAACUUGGAAUGAUAAAAAAAAAAAAUUUUGUCUCCUAUCCCUUUUCUCACUGUUUUUUUUUUUAGUAACACAAGCUCAAUUUUUUGCUUCUGAAUCAUUAAAAGAAAUAAAGGAAACUUUAUUUUUAUUGUAUAUACUUCAUAUUGUGAUCCUAGUCAUUCCUUUGUCAGCAUUUUAUGUUUUAUGCAAAAUCUAAAUGUAAAUGCAGUUUUUUAUUUCAAUGUACAAAUAAUUAUUAGUAGAUUUUCAAUUGUCAUCCUUAAUUACAAAAUUGUAAGUAAUGGAAAACCAGGUUCAUAUGUUGUAAUUAUGAUUUGUGAAAUUAAAGUUUAUUAUUAUUAUUGCUACUACUAUUACUUUAUAUUUUACAGAAAUUUUUAUUGAUAAUCCUGAAGUGAAAAUACUGACAGAAAGAAUUAAUCUCCUAUCAGUAAAAUUAAUUUGUGUUGUUUGAUUUUUUGCUUUUUUAUAUAUUUAAAACUAUCAUUCCGUGUAGUUUUGAAUCUCUUUAUUAUCUUCUAAAAAUGUGGAGAAUUCUAAAAUGUGCAUAUAAUUGUUUUCCAUUUUUGGAAAAAGAAAAAAUCUUAUUCUAGUCAUUCUUCAGGAGAUUUUUGUGUUUGUUUAAUGUUUUCAUGAGUCACUGUUAACCAUGGCACAGUCUUUUAUUUUAGUUCCUUCUGCAACGCAGAAAUUGUUUUAUACAUAAAUAUAAAGAAUAUUUUAAGUCUGUGGAAGAAUUCUGUACAUUCCUGGUUGCUCAAAUAAAAGUGUAUGUCAGUUGUGUAGUUGU